AUGCAGCACCGUACUUUCUUCUACUCUUCUUGCGUUCUCGGGCAAAACGGACCGAUUAACGGAACGUAUGACGACGGCGACGGCGAUGGCGACAACAACAACAUCCAACACGCCAUGUACAUGCAAGUUCGCCGCUGCCACCCGAAACAAGGCGAGGGCGCUGUAUCAGGACGCUGCACAGCGGCUCCCUCCGGGGGCGGUGCUGCUCUGAAAACACGACAGACGCUCAAACGGCGCCCGCCUGAACGGCACCACAGGACUCAGCUAGGGCAAAGGCUUUCUGAAUCCCAACCCGCCUACUCCAAAGAGAACCCGGGGUAA